CUGUGCUUAGUCCUAACCUCCUUAUUAGUACCGUAUCCUUUUCCAGCAGGAAGACAGGGACACGCGCUAGAUUUCUGAAUUUAUAUAGGGCUGCUUACUGUGGAGGUGCAUUUCUUCUAUCAAUCCAUUUUGCUUGAAUUUCUUGUGCACCGAUUUCGAUUUUUUAACGAAUUUGUAUUCCUCAAACUUUGCAUGAUCGGCUAUCUGAAUUAUUUUUUUUUGUGAAUUUCAUUGCAAACAUUUCUCUUUAGUUGUCUCACCUGGAUUUCGUUGUUUUGGGAUGAAUUAUGGCAGUUCGGAAUAGGAUGGAGAAGGAGAAAAGGAAUCGUUCGGUUAUAAGGGCCGAUUGUGGGUCAAAUGAGGAUAAAAACGGGUGCGGUACGAAGGAAAGGAAAGGGAAGAGGUUGUGGCAGAAGGUGAAGUACCAGUUGGUAGAAUAUCAUUCAUUGCCUGGGUAUUUGAAGGAUAACGAGUUUAUUAUUGGUCAUUAUCGAUCUGAAUGGCCUUUGAAGCAAGCCUUGCUCAGCGUGUUCACCAUUCACAAUGAGACCCUCAAUGUUUGGACUCACUUGGUAGGUUUCUUUCUCUUCCUCUCAUUGACCAUAUAUACCGCAAUGAAGAUUCCAGAGGUUGUAGACCUUCCCACACUGCAGAACCUUCCUGAUGUUCUUAGAAAGGUUGAUCUGCAAACCUGUCUACAAUCCUUGCCCCACAUGCCUGAUUUGCACCGGCUCCGGGAAGAAUUGAAGGCAGCAUUUCCAUCGCCUCCUAAUUGGCAUAUUGUACAACUUCUCACCAACUGCCUGCCUGAGCGUUUUUCUCAUAUCAACCAUUCCAAUGUUGGUGUUCUGAGUGGUGUAAAGGAAGAACUGGCAAACAUGAUUGCCCCAUUUACAGUCACACCGAUCACGAGAUGGCCAUUCUUUGCCUUCUUGGGUGGGGCCAUGUUUUGCUUGCUAGCGAGCAGCACAUGCCACUUGUUGUCUUGCCAUUCAGAACGCAUGUCUUACCUCAUGCUACGCCUCGACUAUGCUGGAAUAGCUGCACUGAUAUCCACCUCCUUCUACCCUCCAGUCUACUACUCCUUUAUGUGCUACCCCUUCUUCUGCAACCUCUACCUCUCCUUGAUCACCCUAUUGGGGAUAGGGACUAUCCUGGCUUCCCUCCUCCCUGUUUUUCAAAACCCGGAAUACCGUUCCUUCCGUGCUGCCAUGUUUUUCACCAUGGGUGUUUCCGGCGCGGGCCCCAUCUUACACAAGCUCAUUUUAUACUGGGAUCAGCCUGAAGCCCUCCAUACAACUAUGUAUGAGGUUCUGAUGGGUGCCUUUUAUGGGAUCGGUGCCCUUGUGUAUGCGCUGCGCGUUCCGGAACGUUGGAUGCCAGGAAAGUUCGACAUCGCUGGACACAGUCACCAGUUGUUUCAUGUGCUGGUGGUGGCGGGGGCUUAUACACAUUACCAUGCCGGAUUGGUUUACCUCAGGUGGCGGGACCUGCAAGGGUGUUGAGGUUUUAGCGGGGGUGUGGGGAACAGAUGACUGUCAUUGAAUGCUUGAUGAAAAACUCUGGAUAUUUCAUUCCCAUUGAAUGAUUCCGAGUUAGAUUGUCGAAUGAUGAUGAUGGAUGCCUAAGUAAAUAAAAGUGGCUCUAUUGAUACGUUGUAAUUUGUAGACUACUCCGUAACAUAUUACUCGGUACAAGUUUUCAUUACAUCGUGUAAAUAGGAAAAUAGAAAGUGCAAGUGUUUCAAGUUGAUUUAUUUUGCAAAAUUUUGUGAUACUUUAUUUGGAUGGUGGUCUCAUACUCU